AUGAAGAGCAAGUUCAUCAAGUCCUUUGAAAAGAAACUGAAAAUGAUGACAGGGAAAGUCACAACACCUUGCACGUUUUGCGAGACAUGCUGUAAAAGAGUUUGCUGGACGUUCAAGAAAGAAGCCGAUGUGAUACCAAAAGAUGUCCCUAAGGGACACUUGGUUAUCUAUGUGGGUGAGGAGUCCAGGAGGUUUGUGAUAAAGAUCAGCUUGCUUAAACACCCACUCUUCAAGGCAUUGCUGAAUCAGGCAGAGGAUGCUUACGGUUUCAGUGCUGACUCCAGGCUAUGGAUUCCAUGCGAUGUGAGCACUUUCCUUGAUGUUGUCCGUUGCGCUGGUGCUCCACAGUAUCAGAACAAGUGCAUGUGUAUCUAAGAAUGUUCUUGUACAGGGAACUCAAGACAUUCAUUGAUUUAUCCGGGUCCACGUUUCCCAAGAGAAUGUUGGUUAUUGCUAAGCUAUUGCACUACUACACUAAGAAUGUAAAUCUUUUUGUAUUCAAUGUGUCAAUAAUUAAGCAGGAAGAAAU